AUGACCUUCGGCUACAACUCAGCCAGGUACUUCAGUCGCUCAGAGGCUGAUGUGCGCGAUUUUGCAUCUGGAUUGCUGGUGGCUAUCAAGUCUAAAAGGCGGGGCCGCGCUGAAAACAAUAGGCCCAUCAUCUUCCUGUGUCAUAGUCUGGGAGGGCUUGUAUUCAAGCAAGCUGUCAUUCUGGCACAUGAGCAGAAUGACCAUUACUCGACCGUUUUGGAUAACAUCCGCGGCGUGGUGUUCUUCGGUACCCCCCAUUGUGGCUCAGAUUUGGCCUUCUGGGACCGAAUCGGAACGUCCCUGACACACAUCGGCACCCUUGGAUAUCUGGGCAACGCCAAGAUGUCAAAAAACCUAAAGGUCAAUGCGAAGAUGCUAAAAGACAUCACCGACUCCUUUGCCCACAGGGGCGGCAAGUUCAACAUCAGGACUUUCUACGAGACCGAACGCAUGACGGGCCUCAACAGUCGCGUGGUUGAGCCACAAUCUGCCACGCUCGGGUGGCCAAACGAGCUCGCUAUUGCCGCUGCCGCAAACCACACCGACCUCGUCAAGUUCCCCUCGUCAUCUAACCAACGAUAUCAGGACGCCGUCUUUGCCAUUUCUGAGCUCGCUGGUGAUCCGUUAGAGGAUGACGAUGCUCCGUUCAGCGUCAGUGAGGAACGCUGUAUGAGAAAUCUUAACUCGGAUUACGGAAACCACCUUGAUCAAGUUGAUGAUCCGGUGUCUGGGACAUGCGAAUGGGUCGUUUCCCACGAGACGUGGCGCGAGUGGAACAUGUUGCAGGGAUCGGCACUCCUCUGGAUCACAGCCGACGCUGGCUGCGGCAAGUCUGUUGCCGCCAAGUUUCUCGUCAAUCACCUUCUGUCGUUACCAGCUUCUUGCCGGACAAGGAACAUCUGUUAUUUCUUUUUCAAGGAUGGACUCGAGGACCAGGACAACGCAUCAGCAGCCGUGUCCGCUGUAUUACAUCAGCUAUGCUCCUCGCAACGACGGCUUAUUAAGCAUGUCAUGGCAAAGUUCACCAGCAUGCCCAAGCGGACAUUUAACCGCUGCUUCUCACUGUGGUCCGUAUUGAUGGCUGUCCUCCAGGACCCCAAGAUGCAGGAGAUGGUGUGGAUCCUAGAUGGCCUCGAUGAGUGCGAACCAAAAUCCCUCGAUGAGCUCCUCAAAGGGGUAGUCGCCUACCUCAACCACAGUUCCGCCAGCGACCCCCGCACACCCAGAACUCGCCUCAAGGUGAUCCUCUUAAGUCGGCCUCAUAACAAAAUAGAGCAGACACUUCGACUUGAUGGACAGAGAGAAGACGAUGAAGCCGACGUGCGUGGGGAUGAAAGAACGUCCAAGCCCUCAGGCAACCGCAAUAGGUUUAGACUCAUCGCUGAAGAACAGACCAAGGCCAUCGGGAAAGACAUCGCGCGAUUUGUUCGUUCCAAGAUCUCCGAGUUUGGAGGGACCUCGAAACUCUCUUCAGGCAUGCUUGCUAGUCUCGAGGAGAGGCUAAUCAGCGGGGCUGACUAUACAUUUCUUUGGAUCUCACUCGUAAUCAAACUCGUCGAGGACGCGCGAGUCGAUGGCAUCUCGAUGGCCCAACUCGAGUGGAUCUUGAACACAACACAUCUCGACGACGUCUACGAGAGGCUUCUCUCCAGGAAUUCACUUCCCCUCAAAGCCCGAAAAGCUUUAAUGCUAGUGCUUGCCGCCGUUCGACCGCUCAGCUUGAAGGAGAUGUGUACCGCCAUCGAAGUCCACCAGGACCACUUUUCCAGAGUAGAUGGCGACGCGGCGGCUCGAACACUGUUGGCAGACCACGCCCACUCAGAUAUCCACGUAGGCGAAAAGGUCAAAAUUCAACGGCCAAGACCUAGGGAGGGCAACCAAACUUUAUAUUCCGAGCUGUGGCUGGAAAUGGAACUGGCUGGCACUCAACCAAAUAGUGUGCCCGGAAAAGCAAGACCAACCACGGCCGAAGUUGAGGAAUCCAGUGUUGUUUCGGCUGACAUCAAAUCGCCCUCUGCAGUUCGAAGUCUCAACCAGCUUGGAAAGCUCUUGCACAAACCGUUCAUUAACCACCUGCGCCAGCUCUGCGGUCAUUUCCUGAGAGUCCGUGGCGGCAAAGUCUACCUUGUCCAUCAGACUGCACGGGAGUUUCUCCUCGCAAAGCCAGAGUUAAAAAAUCUCGAUGAUGUGGAUGCGUGGAUGGCCCUAAGCCCGGAAGACCCGCCUCUCCAAGACCGGCGGCGAAGACGAGGAAAGGGAGAACACAGCGAAGACGGGGUAAAAGCUACAGCGCGCUCCACAACUAACGAGAAACUCACUCCUACCCUUACCAGCCGGCCAAAGCCCACCUGGCGGCACUCAAUUCGCCUCGAAGACGCCAACCGUCUCCUUCUCCGCACCUGCGCUGACUACCUCGCACUUUUCCGGUUCGAAGACGCGCACACCCAAGACACCACCCAGUGGACUGGCAAGACGGUGGGCGAGCACCUCAAGAAGAUCGGCAACGACCCGCCGCGCGCCUUCUUCAAGUACGCUGCUUUCCACUGGAUCGACCACUACCGCCCCGUGCGGCGGGAACUCGACUUCUCGUACGACUAUCUGCUCAACCCCGCCGGCGCGCUUUUCAAGAUAUGGAGCAUCGUGCACCGCUCGUGGGUGCCGAACGAGGAACGCCGCGCGCUUGAGGCGCGCGGCGUCCACAUGGGUGGGAGGAAGGAGGAGGGCGGGGAGGGGGUGAGGCGGUCGGAGAACGAGUUCUACCUCUCGAUGAAUACGGCGGAUCUGACGGUGAUGGAGCGGCUCGGGUGGUUGGAUGAGUGGGGGGACUACAUAUGGAAGGAUAAGAAGAACGAGGAGCAGUUUGAUGCGGUGCUGGAUCAUUUCAACUUUAGCUAUGGGGGGGAGAUGGAGCUGUAUGAUAACGAGUUGUUGGCAGGGGAUAGGUGGUGGAAGAAGCAUAAAGAGAGGGAGGAAUCCGGAGGGGAGUCGGAGGACGAAAGGAACGAGGGCAGGGAGGGGAAUGACGGAAUGGGCUUCGACGUUGGGCAGAUCCCUGACCGGGUUCAAUUCUAUCGGCGGCAACGACGCGCGGUGGUUAUGGAGAUGUUGAGAGAGAUGUCAAACCCGUUAUCCUCGAGGUGGGGGAACCCCGCCGUGCUGGAUAUCAGCAUGUUCUCUACACAAACAAGGGGUGGUUUUGGGAGGACCGCGUGA